AUUCUUACAGAGUCUCGCAGAGUUUGCGAAUCGACUCUCACUGAAUCGACUCUCACAGAGUCGAUUCAAAAGAACCGAUUCGCUUCCCAGUCUUGCGGUUGACAGCGUCUCCUGUGGUGCGUCUCCGCUGAUUUCUGCGUUUCAGACCAGCACCGAGGUUAAGGAAGAACAAUGUUUCAUCUUCCUCUUCUGCUGGCUGCAUCUCUCAUGAUUCCUUUCUCAUUUGAGGGAAAUGAAGAACUCCACACCUGGAAUGACUGUAAAGUGCCUCGGCUCGUGGACAGGAAGAUGUUGCGACUCCCGAGUCCUAAAUUCAGUAAUAAGAAUUCUGGAGAAACGAACGCAGUGUGUGGAAUUGAGUGCCAGAGGAACCUUCCAGAACCUGAAACCACGGACCUGGAGCGUCUCCUCGCCUAUGAGACGUUUUAUGAGAACGGAACUCGGACUCUGACGGAGGUGGAGCUGCAGGGUACGAGGAAAACCCAGUCCUCUUCUCUCGCCGCUCUCUCACGCAGGAAACGGCAGGUGUACGGCACAGACGGCCGCUUUGUGAUCUCGGACAAGCACUUCGUCACCAACUUCCCGUUCUCAGCAUCAGUGAAGCUUUCGAUUGGAUGCUCUGGGAUUUUAGUCUCUCCCAAACACGUGUUGACUGCAGCACACUGCGUCCACGACGGUCACGGAUACCGAAGGGGGUUAAAGAGGCUGCGUGUGGGUGCGCUGAUGCUACGGCGAAAUACAGGGAGGAGGAGAAGCAAAACGGAAGGAGAAAGUAAGAGGAAACAGAAUAAGAGAAAAGAAAAGAAGAGGAAAAAUCGGAGUAAAAGAAAAACCUACAAACAUUCCGAGCAGCCGGCACUCCGGUGGACACGUGUCAAGCAAACAUACAUUCCACAAGGCUGGAUGAGUGAUGUGGGAAACGAGGUGACGAUGGAUUACGACUACGCCCUCCUGGAGCUGAAGCGCAGACUCCGGAUGAAGCACAUGGAUUUGGGCGUGGUCCCACAAGUCACACGGAUCCACUUCUCCGGUUUUGAUGAUGACCACGCAGGGCAGGUAGUGUACAGGUUCUGCUCGGUGACGCAGGAGUCCAGCGAUCUGAUGUACCAGCACUGUGACGCUCAGAGAGGAUCGAGCGGUGCGGGAGUGUAUGUGAGACUCCGGAAGACACUUGAGGGGAAGUGGAGGAGGAAAGUGAUCGGCGUGUUCUCGGGACACAGGAGCGUAAAGGAAGGGAACGGCACACACACAGACUACAACGUAGCUGUGAGAAUCACGCCCUCAAAGCUCGCCCAGAUUUGCCUGUGGAUCCACGGAGACGCUGAGAAGUGCGCUUCAGACUGAGAUGACCGCGUAACGUCUCGUCACUUCAUUCCAAAUGCAGUUCAUCAGCCACGGGUCUGAAUUUGGUUCUUUAGUUUGACUUAGAGCUAUGAUUUCUGCUAUCCCACAAUUCUUUUCAUCAAAUUCAUGGCCUGAACUUCACACACUCACUCAAAAGAACAUUUUCUUGUAGUGGACAUUUAUACGUUUAAAUUUAAAGCAGAAUAACAGCAACAUCUACGUUACUUCCUGCUUUCUGGUACACUUCCACUUAGCUGUAUAAGCAUCACAGCUUCAGUGCUAAACUUCAGACACUAGAUAAGCAGAUCAACUGCAUUCAGGUUAAAGACACGGCAGACGACUUAUUUGUAUUAAUUUAAUUCAGUGGAAUCAUCACUAUGUAGCACAGAACACGAGGAUUUCAGAAUCAGUGGGUUUUGAUUAGGCACGCCCACUAGUUUACAUGACUCCACUGUUACCCGUGUUAGUGUCCUACAUAGUGCACUUGAUUCUUCAGUAAAGGGCUACUUCCUGUCUAAAAGGAAAUAUCAGUUAACAUUUUGGUGCUAAUCUCAGACUAUUCAUUAUUUUUUAAUCAUUAUUUAAUGCAUUAAGGAAUUUUUUUUUUUAUUGAUAAUGAACAUUUUCUCUGUUCACAAAAUUAUUACCAAAUUGUACAUAAGCAACUUUUUAGUCCUUCCCUUUUGUUUCCACCCGUGUAAUGUAGAACUCCCUUGCGAGUGAAAAGAAUUAUGGGAUGGCCUUCUCUGAUGAUAGACUCCCAUCAUUUAAAAGGAGCACUUAGUCCCUAGACCAGAAAGGCUGUCUAAGGGCACAUCCUUUUACAUGGAACACAUGCAUAUGUAUAUUUUGUAUACCCCCCCCAUGUUAAUGUCACCAUGUCAUGAAACAGUGGUAAAGAACAAAUUAAUUUCAGAACAGAACAAAAAUGUUAGCAUAUGUAAUUGUUAAGGGUAACUUACAGUUUAGGUCUGAUAUCUAGCUUCUCUUUAUUUAGACAAAUGAACUGGGUGAACAGACGAAUCAGUUGUACACAACCACUUCCUGUUUAUUUCCUAAACAGAUCAGAAACAGUGAAUUACAUGUCAUUACAGGUCAUUACAGGUGAUUUACCAGCAAGCCGUGUUGCUGCAGUAGCAAAAAACAAACACAAGCUAAGUGCAUGGGCUAAGCUAUAACCGCUAUAACAUGGGAUCUCAAUAAAUAUGGACUGGCUGAGGCUUUACUGCUCUA